UCACGCGGGACCGCCCGAGAAGCGCAAACAUUAUUCUCAACAAAUUGUCGGUGGCGAGCAAUACAGUCUAACAAAAGUGUGCAAAUUUUGACGCUCAGUCUCAGUUUAGCAAACGAUUCACUAGUCGUUAUCAUCCCGACCCGAGAAGCACACACCCUAGUUGGUGCUACUAAGUGUCAGGUUGCACGGAGGGAAAUCUGUUUUUUUUUUUUUUGUGCGAGCAAUAUGGUUUGGACGCGCCCCCAAAACGUGCCCUACCCCUCGGUUUGGCACACGUUCAAGGCCAAGGCCGCGGACAGUGACGAGCUGGUCAAUUACGUGGUUCAGGAUUUACCGGAGAACCGAUUCGAAGAGGCGAUCGAGCAUCUGAUUGGAGUGUUUAUCUACGAUGAACCGAUGUGCAGAGCGAAAAAACUUGCCGAGCAACCCGAAAGCGUCGAAGGGAUUCGCGAAAUGUGGCGCGAGUUGGUCCAGCACCGGAUGGCACUGGUCUGCUUCCAGGAGGGUUCGGACGAAAUCGUUGGCCUCAACAUGACGUACGUUUCGAGCAAGAACGACAAGGAGGACUACGUUGUCAAAGGUUCCCUCUGGCAGGAGGUUUUCGACGCCGUGGUGUACUUUAGCGAAAAGGGCAACGUGUACGACCAGUACCAGGUCACGGAGUAUCUGGCCGCGAUGGGUCUGUCCGUGUCGCCCAAGUACCGCGGUCGUGGCAUCGCGACGGAAAUUCUACGCGCACGAAUUCCCCUCUGUCGAGCCACGGGCCUGAAGCUAACCUCGACGGUGUUUACCGCCACCGGGUCGCAGAUUCCGGCCGCCAAGGUGGGCUUCGAGGAGUCCUUUACCAUGGAGUACGAAGAGCUGGCCAGGGCGAACCCACGGUUUGUGUUUCCCGGGGUUCAGGCGAAGCACUGCAAAAUGAUGAGCAUGAAAAUUGAGUGAAUUGACAAGUUCGGAACCAAAGAUAAAAAUUAUUAAAUAUUGAACAGAACAUUAUAUUUUUUUGAACCCAAGUUGGACCUCAAAUUGUACCGAAAUUGAUUCAAAACCUGUUAUUUCAUAUGCAACUUGAGUGUUAAAAACAUUUAAGGAGUUUUUGAAGCGAACGGCGUUCGCCGAACGUAAACAAAAAUGAUCUGUCAAAAUUUGCCAUAAUGGAGGCUGCCAUAAAAGUCAUGAGGAAAUAAAUGAAACACAUUUAUGUUGCCAA